CAAAUUUUCCAAUUUUUUUUUCAAAAAACAAGAAAACAACGAAGUGCAAAGAUUUUUGUGUUUGAUUUGAUAAGUUUUAUGUCUAAUUUGAAAUUUUGCAUGUAAAUACUUUCAAAUUGCUUUUUAGAAAUGAAUGAAUGUGAUAUACCAUUUCCAGUGAGAACAGCGACAUUAAUUCGUGAAUUGGACAAACGAUUAAUGGUAUGGCUUCGUGACGGUAGAACUUUAAUAGGAAUCCUUCGAAGCAUAGAUCAAUUCGCCAAUCUCGUAUUACACCGAACAGUCGAAAGAAUUCACGUCGGAACGAAAUAUGGCGAUUUACCAGUCGGUGUUACGAUUAUCAGAGGAGAGAAUGUUAUAUUACUCGGCGAAAUAGAUCCUUUUAAAGAAAUGACCUCGCGCCUUGAAGAAGUAUCUCUGCCUGAAAUCUUAAGUUUACAGAAAGCAGAACAAGAAAAGAAACACGAACGAGGAAAGCUGAUUAGAAAAUCAUUACGAGAACGAGGGAUUUCUACUGCAUUAGAAGCUGUCGCUUUGGCAGACCGUGAUUUGAAUUUUAUGGAGUAAUUAUACGAUUCUAUUUUUCCAUUUGUUAACUCGGUAGGACAUUUUUGUCAUUUUUUAAAACACUGAUUUCGAAGAUGCGGUUUAAUUUUCAUGUUUUUUAUCAUAGUACAUAAUUGAAGAAGAUUAUCAAUUUUAAUUUUUUUAUCACAACGCUUGACGCGUUCCUAAUUGUACAUUUGUUAUUACUGUUUUGAUAUUAAAGCUUUCUACUACUCAA